CAUUCUUAUAUGAUUAGUACCAUCAUCGUAUAAGUGACACUGGACACUCUCUACUUCAUUAAAACCUUUCAGAAAAGUAGGCGGAGGGAUAGAAACAGUUUUUCUCGUUCCUCUUAUUGGAAGAAACCCUUGCACUUCAUCUCAUAGAGUACUGCCACAUCAAAGUUUAUCAAAGUCUUUCUCCCACAUAUUCCAGCAACGAUGGCCAUUGCACCCUCUACAACACCUCCCUUGCAAACUGGUGUAGCACAUCAGAGGGAAUCCAGCGUUGAUAAAUCAACAAGUUGGAAAAUUACAACAAAGAUUGCCAAAGCACAACAAGAAGGUAGAAUUUGGUGGUCAUUCGAAUAUUUUCCUCCAAGAACGCCACAAGGUUUGACAAAUUUGUAUGAUCGUAUAGAACGUAUGUCAGGAUUAGGUCCUGAAUUCGUUGAUAUCACUUGGAACGCAGGCGGUCGUACAUCCGACCUAACUGCACAAUUGGUCAAAACCGUUCAUACAUAUAUGGGUUUGGAAACAUGCAUGCAUUUAACAUGUACAAAUAUGCCUCGUGAUAAAGUUGAUACAGCUUUAAAAGAGGCCAAAAAGUUUGGUUGUAGAAAUAUUUUGGCUUUGCGUGGCGAUCCUCCUGCCGGUGCAUCCGAAUGGGAACCUCAUGCCGCUGGAUUCAUGUACGCAAAAGAGUUGGUCGAGUAUAUUCGUGAAGGAUAUGGUGAUUAUUUCGCAAUCGCUGUUGCCGGUUUCCCAGAAGGUCAUCCUGAAGCCAAAGAUGGCGUUGAUUUGGAGAUGAAGAGAUUGAAGGACAAAAUCGAUGCAGGUGCUGACUUCAUCUUUACACAAAUGUUUUACGAUUAUGACAUCUUUGCUAGAUGGGUCAAGGAUGUACGUGCAGCUGGCAUCGAUGUGCCAAUCGUUCCCGGUGUGAUGCCGAUUCAAAAUUACGGUGGUUAUCAACGUGCCACAGCAAGAUUCCGUACAAUCGUCCCAGAGAGUUUCAAGCAAGCAUUAGACCCUAUCAAGGAAGAUGAUCAAAAGGUACGGGAAGUGGGUACGCAGUUGGUGGGUGAUCUAUGCAAAAAGAUUAUCGAUCCUGCCAACGGGCUAGGAAUCAGUGGUUUGCACAUCUAUACUAUGAAUUUGGAGCGUGGAUCACGCAUGUUACUCGAAUAUCUCAACCUACAGCCAUCCGUGCAACAGGUCAAACAAUUGCCAUGGACACCAAGUCUAACACCCAAAAGACGAGAUGAAGGUAUUCGACCUAUAUUUUGGGCUAAUCGGGCAAAAAGUUAUGUCGAUCGUACAGAGACGUGGGAUGAAUUCCCAAACGGAAGAUGGGGAGAUGCGCGUAGUCCUGCAUAUGGCGAUGUAGAUGCUUAUGGUGUCAAAUUACGCUAUACACCAGAGGAAGGAAGAGAGUUGUGGGGCGAACCAACAGAUUUGGAAGCAGUAAAGGAGCUAUUUUGCAACUUCUGUCGAGGCAAGGUUACAGCAUUGCCUUGGAGCGAAACUCCGAUCGCAAAAGAAACGACAGUGAUUGAUGAAAUGCUACAAAAGCUUAAUUCACUCGGUUUCCUUACAAUCAACAGUCAGCCUGCCGUCGAUGGUGCACCAAGUGAUGAUCCUGUGCAUGGAUGGGGACCAAAGUAUGGCUAUGUAUAUCAGAAGGCAUACUUGGAAUUCUUUUGUGCACCUGAGAAGUUGGAUGCCUUGAUCACACGCAUUGAAGCCGAUCCAAGGAUGACAUAUCAUGCAGUAAAUGCACAAGGUGAUAUGCGAACAAACACCACUAGCGAUUCACCCAAUGCGGUCACAUGGGGCUGUUUCCCACACUGUGAGAUUAUCCAACCAACGAUUGUGGAAACAAUCUCCUUCUUAGCAUGGAAAGAUGAAGCAUACGAGAUCGGACGUCAUUGGGCAAGAGUCUAUUCACCUGAUUCACCUGCGCGCAAAUUGCUGGACGAGAUGUUCAAAUCAUACGUUUUGGUAAAUGUUGUCCACAACGAUUUCAAGGAUCGACAUGGAAUCUUUCAACCGUUCUUAGAUGUGAGCACGAAAUUGAACGGAUCAGCAUAAUCUCCCUUCUCACAUCUCCACGCAUACGUUAGCAUCAACUGCAAACGUCUUCAAAGCACAUUUCACUCAGAAUUACGUAAUUCAACAUUGUACUCUAUUCAUCCCAACAUAGGCAAGAAGCGAGGCCAGAAUCCUUCCACAGGAUACCCUUAACAUUGUA